ACCGGCCAUAUCAUCCAGGACCUUGGCCCUCAGGUUGACCGUCUCCUGACCGUGACCGGCAAGGAUGGAGAAAGCCUGCUGGUUUCUGUCGACAAGGACGUGUACAACCUGCUCGAGGGCAAGGUCAGCCUGAGCGACUCGAUCGGUAACAUUGUCGGUGACGCUGCCGACAUUGGCAAGCUCGUGGCUGACCUCGGCCCCGUGAUUGACUGCAUCCUAACGGUUGUCGGCGAGGACGCUCAGAUCCUGCUCAUCCAGCUUGCUCCGGAAGUGGCCGACUUGCUCCGCGGCACCACCGCUACUCUCGGUCUUAACUCGGUCUCCAACCCCGUGGGUGAACUCGUUAGCUCGCUGGGCCUGCGCGUCCGGGAUGCCCCCGCGGCCGGCAGCACCGUCCUCCAGCUCGUCGGUAUGAACCACGAGAACCUCCUGGUCGAGAUCGAGGGUGUCCUCGGUGGUAUCCUGAGCGACCUGCACCUGUCUGGCAUCGUCGGCAGCGUGAUUGACAUUGCCAUCGACGUCACCAAGCUUCUCCAGAAGCUGGGCCCUCAAACGGACAACCUCCUGGUGGUGGUUGGCAAGGACGGCCAGUUUCUGCUGGUGCAGCUGGCUCCUUCUGUCGCCAACAUUGUGGGCUCUCUCCUUCCCGAGCUUGGGCAGCCCGUUGGCCACAUUGUUGAGACUGUUGGAAACAACCUGUAA